AUGGCCCACCUUCGGCGGUUAAAGCCUAGCAAGGCCCAGCACAAAGCCGUGCAGGCCUCUCACGAUCCGGCGUUGAAACCGAAGCUCCAUGAACUUGGGGAUAUCAUCUGCGGCUUGGGUAGCGUGACCAUUGGGAAUUCUCUGAAAGCCAUAUGCAAUUCUCCAGAUCGCAAGGAGUCACUUUUCAAAGCGGUUGCAGCAGAGAUAAAUCGCCAGGACGAAGUUCACCAGCUAACGACAAGACAUACCUUUUUCCAACAAUGGGAAAAGCAGAGCUUAUCUGAGAAGCAAGUCGCUGGACUUGCUGCUGUCACAAAAGGUUGGGAGCUCAAUGAUGACGACCUUGAAGCGCUCAGGGAAUCCGCACUGAUAUGGGCGUCCCAACCUUGGCUUUUUUUUGACACCAGGAAGACCGAUCGCACCGGUACGCUUGGGCUUAUUCAAUUUUGCUCUAAUGACAUCGAGCAGAUCGAAAAUGUCAAUCCCACACGACAAAAAGUCGAUCUCAUUGUCAUGUUCGACGCAAUUGUACAAGAGGUGGAACACCGGCGGCGCUCAAAGAGAAAGAAAACUCACGAUGUGACCGUCGACCCAGCAAGACCGCAAAAAGUCAUCUCCGAAGUGUACUCCGAUAUUUUGGAGGGCUCCGGGUCUCCCAAGGAGCGCCGGAAGCUGAAAAGGCAAUCCGCUAGUGGAAGCAAAUGGGCCCAGAUUGUACCUCGCUGGAUGGUUCUCGCACUGCAAGGCGCCACUGUUAAAAGCUUCGAGGGGAGGCGAUGGCAGCCGAUAGAAAUCAAGGCGAUGAAUGCAUACCUUAAAGUUCUUAGGGCAUGGAAGGAAGAACGUUUACUCUCGACCGCGUAUUCAAAGAUACUUGAAGAAUAUCAUCACCGUGCUUCGCUCACAGUUCGAGAUCAACCCGAAGAAGCGUUCACAGCAACAAUCCGCGAGCAGGGUGGAACUCGGGAAGGGAACCACUUGCCACGGAAGCGGACAACGUCUUACCCAGAGAAGUCUUCUGGUAAACGAAGAUGCGAUGGGCGAAACGAACAAGCUACCCAGCCGAGUGGUGGGCACAUACCAUCGGAAAGCGUCCAAGAAGCACGUCCAGCUAUUUCCGGGCAGGGUUCUGCGCCGCGAAAGCAGCAUACAAACCACAACCCAGCCUCUCAGACACUGGCUGACCCGGGUGCAAAUUUACAAACGCAAUUGGAGAUGACCUGGGGAGAUGAUGGUACUAUCCACCAAAUUCCUGAAGAAAACAGACGCAGCAUAUCCUCAUCGAGCUCAAUAUCUGAAUCCACUGAUAACUCGCCGUAUUACAGCGAUCCUGGUGGCGCGGGUGCCGUUGAAUGCCACAAUGAUUCUUUUUCGAAGCAAGUGCAUAAUGGUUGGCGGCUAAGCCCUACCGUGGAACUCUCGUUGGAAGAGCGAGAGGCUGCCCAAAUGCUUCAACAAUUUCAACAACAGACGCAACCAACAUCCGAUCCACCUAGCUCGCAGCAGGUGGGAGAAAUGAGCGUGCGAAAUGCCACGAGAGAGUGUCCUCAAGAUGUUCCAUCGCAUGUCCCUCGCCCGAUCGACGAUAUAUCCAGACAGGAUUUAGUGAGAUGGGAGGACGAUGAUCACACUUCGACCAACGAUCCUACCACCCUUAAUGCGAAUGAAUCCCGCCCUCCACAUCCAGCCACAACCUCGAAUUUAUUUUAUAACGGGGAAACAACCACAAACAUUCCAACAUGGCAUAAUGUGGUCUUUGACCCAGACACACAGGAUAUGACAAAUGGGCUUUGGCAAGACGGGUUUUUUGACCCUGACACACAGCACCCGACAAACGGGCUAUGGCAAAAUGUGUUGGCUUCAGAAACAAGCCCAAAUGAUAGCAUGGGUUUCCGUCAGGUGUUGCCACAAUUCUUCCCCUAUUGUGGCGGUCUGAAUGCACAACCAUCAGGGUUCUAG